AUAUAGUCAAACAUGAAAAGCACAUUAAUAUUUUCAGUUUAAAAGUAGUGACUCUACUAAAAGGGUAUAGUUAUUUGUUCUUCGCAAAGGAUUAAACAAUAGAAGUUCUAUUAACACAAAAUCCAAGGUUAAUAAAAGAUCAAUGUUAUACAGUGUAUAACUAAAAAAAGGAAAAUAUAUUAAAGGAAAUAUAAAUUGUAUCAAUAUACAAUGAAUAGCACAACAAUAAUUGCUGAACAUUCAUCAAAUUUUCAGCUUCUUCCUGUCUGUAUUUUUUUUGGUAUCACCUUUUAUAAGCAUGACCUAAUUACACUGGGAGAAAAACAUUUAAAUCACCAUCCACUGAUUACUUUUUUUGAAAAUAUUAAUAAUUUCAACAAUGAAUUCGAGAUGAAGCUUCAAUUUUUGCAAAAAAUGCUGAAAGAAAGUCAACCUUCUCAGGUUGACACAGAUGAUAUACCUGAUAUGAAAUACGUGGAUGAAAAAUAUCAAUACAUCAUUAUGUCAUCUAUGUAUUCCUUUGAAAGACAAAUUUUCCAAUUGAAUAUUAAAAUAUUUAACCGGGAAAAUAAUAAAAUUUUCAAGAUUCUUCAACAAAAUUCUCAACGUUUUCCGACAAAAAUCAACAAUGAAGACAACUGUUUUUUUCACCUCAAGGAAAAUUUGAAUUUUUUAGUAACUAAAAGAAUUUUUAAGGAAUAUAUUUCACCAAUAUUUCAAGGAAAAAAUUUACCUUUAGCCAACGCCUUUAAUAACAUCGAGAUUUCACAAAGAGAUUUGAUAAAUGCUGAUAUUACUGGAAAUUCACAAAUGGCAAGAAACAUUCCCUAUUCUUUGGAUGACGAUUUAUACAAUAGCUGCGUUAUGUCACUACAACAAUUUUGUCAAAAAGGAAUGUCUGGUAUAAGAAAAGAUAAAGAUAUUUUGCAAAGAGUUCGAAAAAGUGUCGAGACAAUUAAUAAUUAUGAAGUCAGAAAAUUAGAAACACAGGAAAAUGAGAAUAAGAAACAAAUCAUGUAUUUUAGUGAAACAAUAUCAAGACUACAUUUUGUUGAUGUUUUAAAGAAUUUGGAAGGAAAAGAGUUUUAUUUUAAUGAUAUUACUCAAUUGACAGAUAUUAAGCCCAAUUAUGAAAAUAAUUCCAAGCAAAAGCCAAAAAUUUAUUUAAAGAAUACAGAAAUUCGUUAUCACAUCAAAUUUAAUUCUCAACAUGGACUUGUCGAUUUAGCAGCAUUUCAUGAUAGUUUUAAAAACCAAUACAUUGUAUUUCCAGAAGUUGUGUUCCUUGUAAUAGUGACCAAAAAAUUAAAUGGAAUUCUAGAAAUGGAACUGGAGGAAAAGCCUACUACAAUAGACGAAUGGAAAAAGAUUAGAAAACUUAAAUAUUUCACAUUGACCAAUAAAGAGGAAAAUCAACUUAAAAGAAUGGAAAGUAUUGAGAAUGCUGCAUACCUUAUAUCUUUAAAUACGCCUUUACACAGAUUAGAUGAGAUGGAAAAGUUUUUUAAAAAAUAUAUUUUAAACAUCGAUGAUGAUACCAGUUCAGUUCCUACUUAUGAUAAGUUGUCAAAGGAAAUUCAAUCAGGUGAUAAUUAUAUUCCGCCAAUAUAUGCAAAGUAUAAAAUAAAAAAUAGUAUUCUCGUUGAUGAUGUGCUAUUUCAAAAUACAUUAAAUAGGAUUAAUUAUUUGAAUAAUGCAUUGGAAAUUAUUAAAAAUUAUUAUAAUAAUGUUGAUAUAAAGAAAGUAGAACAUGUGUUUAAAAAAUAUUGGAAUACACCUGAAAUUAAGGAGUUAAUCACUUUUCUGGAUUACUAUAUUAUCUAUUUAGAUAUUUAUGAAAAUGCUGAUUCAAGGUUGGGUUUGUUUAGUGAUAUUGCACUUUAUAGAGUGGCUCUAAGAUAUUGUAAUAUGGAAUUUAUCAAUAAUCCAAUUACGCUUUAUCGUGUUGAGUAUACGCCUAUGGAGGAGUUUAAAAGAUUAUUAAAUGUCGAAAAAGAUGAAAAGUUAUAUUAUGAAAUAAACUAUUUAUUUUAUUACACUGAAGAACAAGCAUUAGAAAAUUGUCUAAAUUGUAAUAAUUCUUUUGAUGGAAAAUUAUUAAUUCACAAAGUUAUAAUUAAAAACCAGGCUGGAUUAGUAGAUUUAAGUCAUAUAUUGAAAAAAGAUUAUCAAAUGCAAUACUUAUUCUCUGAAGUGAUAGAAUUGAAGAAAGACAGGAUGGAGGCGACAAAAAUUAAAGGUGAAGAUGUUAUAAAACUAAUAGAGUAUGACGACAACCCAAAAGAGGAAAGAAUGGUAAGACUAGUAAAAAUGUUAUAUCCUGAACAUUUAUAAUUCAAGCAUAAUGAAAACUAUAAUCUAGAAUCAGACGAUGAGGAUGAUGAUAAUAAUGAAUUGAAAUCAUAGUGUUAUUUCUUUAUCGUUCAUAAUAAAUAUGUGGCUUUUUCACAGCAAAAAGUAGGCAGCUUAUUAUAAAACACAAUGGUUAUCUCUUUUAAGAUGUUUUUAAAAAAUUAUUAAAAACAAACAAUACAAAUAUUUUUAUUUACGCUUUUUUUCUUUCUCUGUAAUUAAUUCAAAUUGCUUUCUUGCAAAUGAUUGUUUCGUAUUUUAUAUUAUUUUUUUUUGUAUUUGUAUUACUACUGUAAUUAUAAAUAAUCUUGUUAUUGGUAUUUAAAGAAAAAAUAAUUCAAUUUAGGCCAUAAUUUAAAAUUAUUUUUCAAUAUGUUAGGAAUUCAAAAGUCAAAAUUGAAAAAAAGGAUUAAUUUUAUAAAAAUAAAUGGGAGCAAGUAAAAAUUUUUAUUUGGGAAAAACUUUUUUGGCAUUAUAAAGUUCACAAAAAGCCUUGAAAAAAAUUUAUAAAUUAAUUAUGUAAAAAUUGUUUAGAAUCUUUUCAAUUUUUUAACUUUCGCAAAACUAUGAUAAAAUUAUCAACGAACUUGAACUAAAGUAAUAACAUUUUUUAUGCUAAAAAUAAGAGAUUACAGUUGGCUUUUUCGUUUAGAAAGUAUAUUUUUGUCGAUAGCUUUGAAAGUUAUACGUAUAACUAUGUUUAAAAAUUUAAUAAUUUUUUAUUUAACAAUUUUUAAGUCUUACGUAGGUUUUUCAUUUUUGAUAAAUUUUCGAAUUUCAAUGUCAUUCUUUGAUUGAUUUGACACGUGCCUGAUGUUCUGAUCGUUUAAAUAAAAAAAAUUAAUCUAAUUUCACAUUUUAUUGUAAAAUAUUGCUUUCUUGCAAAUGAUUGUUUCGUAUUUUAUAUUAUUUUUUUUUGUAUUUGUAUUACUACUGUAAUUAUAAAUAAUCUUGUUAUUGGUAUUUAAAGAAAAAAUAAUUCAAUUUAGGCCAUAAUUUAAAAUUAUUUUUCAAUAUGUUAGGAAUUCAAAAGUCAAAAUUGAAAAAAAGGAUUAAUUUUAUAAAAAUAAAUGGGAGCAAGUAAAAAUUUUUAUUUGGGAAAAACUUUUUUGGCAUUAUAAAGUUCACAAAAAGCCUUGAAAAAAAUUUAUAAAUUAAUUAUGUAAAAAUUGUUUAGAAUCUUUUCAAUUUUUUAACUUUCGCAAAACUAAAAAAAUUAUCAACGAACUUGAACUAAAGUAAUAACAUUUUUUAUGCUAAAAAUAAGAGAUUACAGUUGGCUUUUUCGUUUAGAAAGUAUAUUUUUGUCGAUAGCUUUGAAAGUUAUACGUAUAACUAUGUUUAAAAAUUUAAUAAUUUUUUAUUUAACAAUUUUUAAGUCUUACGUAGGUUUUUCAUUUUUGAUAAAUUUUCGAAUUUCAAUGUCAUUCUUUGAUUGAUUUGACACGUGCCUGAUGUUCUGAUCGUUUAAAUAAAAAAAAUUAAUCUAAUUUCACAUUUUAUUGUAAAAUAUUGCUUUCUGUAUAUAUACAAAUACCCCCCACACAGCACAACAUCUUACACCAGGCCUACAGCAGGCUUACAUGUAAGGUUUGUAAGGUAA